ACCCUAAACCCUAAUGCGAUAAAAAUGACCACCACCACCGACGCAGCCGCCGCAGUCUCAUCGGAAGCUCAGCUGCUGAAAACGGUGACCACCAUCCUCACCAGCCACCGUGACCCCCACACCGCGCUCAAACCCUUAAUCCAAAAUCUCACCCUCCCCACGGUGCUUUCCGUCCUCUCCUCCACCCAACUCCACCGCACCCACUCCGCCACCCUCCUUUCCUUCUUCCACAUCCUCCGCCACUCUCCCCACCCUUCUCUCUCCUCCUCCCCUGAGCCCCUCCUCGCCCUCCUACCCGGCCUCCUCUUCCACCGCCGCUACUCCUCCGCCCGCUCCCUCCUCCUCAACUUCAUCUCCUCCGACCACCCCCGCCACUCCCUCCACCAGGUCCUCCUCCGCCGCCCCCGCCUCCCGCAGCCACUCCUCGACACCUCCCUCUCCGCCUACGCCCUCUCCGACCACCCCGACCUCGCCUUCCAGCUCUUCAACAAGAUGAAGCGCCUCCGUAUUAAACCCAACCUCCUCACCUGCCACUCCCUCCUCUCCUCCCUCGUCCGCCGCCACCCUCAUUCCUCUCACUCCAUUCACCUCUCCAAGCAAGUCUUUAACGAUUUCCUUAAGCUCGGUAUAACCCCAAACACCACCACCUUCAACAUCUUGAUCCAUAGUUCUUGUCUUGAUAAUAAUUUUAAUGAUGCUCUUAGCUUCAUGAACCAAAUGACUGAUUUUGCUUGUUCUCCUGAUAAUAUCACUUACAAUACUAUUCUUGAUGCAUUGUGUAGGAAGGGCCAAUUGAGUAAGGUUAGGGAGGUUUUGCUAGAGAUGAAAGGUAGCGGGGUUUCCCCAAAUAGGAACACCUAUAAUAUCUUGGUUCAUGGCUAUUGUAAGUUGAGGUGGUUGAAGGAGGCUGCCGAGGUUGUCGAGUUGAUGAGAGCAAACGACAUGGUACCGGAUAUUUGGACUUAUAAUACAAUCAUGAGGGGUUUGUGCGACGAGGGGAAGGUCAAGGAGGCGAUUAGCCUAAGGGAUGAUAUGGAGAGCCUGAGGGUGAUGCCGGAUGAGGUUACCUACAAUACUCUGAUUGACGGGUGUUUUCAGUGGCGGGGGAGUGUGGAGGCAUUCAAGUUGGUUGAGGAAAUGAAGGGAAAGGGAGUCAAGCCGAACGCGGUGACUCACAAUAUAAUGGUGAAGUGGUACUGUAAGGAAGGUAAGAUAGAUGAAGCCGGCUGUGUCGUGGCAAAGAUGGUGGAGAGUGGGUUUUCACCGGACUGUUUUACUUAUAAUACUAUGAUCAAUGGUUAUUGUAAAGCAGGAAAUCUGGGAGAAGCUUUUAAGAUGAUGGAUGAAAUGGGGAGGAAAGGUUUAAAGAUGGAUACUUUUACUCUGAACACUAUAGUGCACAGAUUGUGCGUGGAGAAGCUGCUCAAAGAGGCAUAUGAGUUGACUGUGAAGGCUGCAAAGCGAGGUUAUAUUCUCGAUGAGGUAACCUAUGGAACUCUAAUCAUGGGAUACUUUAAAAAUGAACAAACAAACAAAGCUCUGAAGCUUUGGGAUGAGAUGAAGGAGAAGGGGAUCAUUCCUAGUGUUGUCACUUAUAACACUAUAAUUAGGGGGUUGUGCCAUUCUUUAAAAACUGAUCAGGCUGUAGAUAAAUUGAAUGAGCUUUUAGAUAAAGGUUUGGCCCCCAAUGAAGCUACGUGUAACAUAAUUAUUCAUGGUUACUGCUGGGAGGGAGCAGUGGAGAAAGCAUUCUUGUUCUAUAACAGAAUGGUUGAGAACUCAUUCAAUCCGGGUGUUAUUACAUGUAACAUUCUUCUUCGAGGGCUUUGCAAAAAUGGUAUGUUCGAGAAGGCCUUUAAUUUAUUUAACACAUGGAUCAUUAAAGGUAAGCCCGUUGAUGCAGUUACGUACAACACGUUGAUUUCCGUCCUUUGCAAAGAAGGGAAACUUGAUGAAGCAUUUGACCUCAUGACUGAGAUGGAGAAGAAAAAAUUGGGGCCGGACCGAUAUACUUAUACUGCCAUCAUUGGUGCACUUACUCAUGCUGGGAGAACUGAGGAAGCAAAGAAAUUCAUGUCAAAACUCCUAGAGACAAGUCCAAAUAUGAUAAGUGAAGACACUUCACAAAUGCUUGGUUCAGGCGACAUGGAUUACUCAGAACAGAUAACUAAUUUUUGUACUCAAGGGAAGUACAAAGAGGCAAUGAAACUAUUUCAAGAAUCAGAGCAGAAAGGAGUUAGUUUGCAUAAAUCUGCAUAUUUCAAGUUAAUGGAUGGGCUAUUGAAGAGGCGGAAAAGCAUAUCGAAGGCCUCCUUAUCAGAUUGACAGAAUAAAUUCAAAUUGGCAUUUAGAUUCCUGAUGUUCAUUGUGUUGAACCCAUUUUAUUGGUGGUUUUGCUGUGAUGACGAUCCAUUAUUUCAUCAGGAUUUCUUGAAGGAUCAGAAGGUCCUUGGUUCUUAUCCAAUCUGUUGCCUACCCAGCAUGGUCUGUGUACUGAAUUUCACCUUGUUUGUUCAUAAAUACAAUCGUGAAUCCGUCUGAUUUUAUUGUGUAGCCACAAAAAUACUGUAUUCUGCUUUUCAUGUUCGACUGGAUCAUUUAUUUGCAGGCUGUCUUCUAUAUGGUUGACUUAAUUUUUCUAUUUUUAACAUGGCGUCUGUCACAGUUUUACUUUUUGUUUUCGUAUUUUCCCCUUCAUCAUGAAACCGAAAUUUAUAAAUUGUAAGAUGUCAUUGUGCUUGAUUUACAUGCCUUGAAAUGAUCCUAGGAAAGUUGAUCAACAAAAUUAUGUGAAAUAAUAAGUGGCUUGUUCAAGGCUGGUUCAUAAGAAAUGGCUCUAACUAUUAAACUGAUAUAUUAGUCUAACACGAUUAAAUUGUCUAUUAGAGGAUUGUGAUUGUUAAACUGAUUUUAAACUAAUCUAAUAUAUCAUGGAUAUUUCUGAACUGAAUUCACUUGAAAUCAAUAAGAUUGAAUUUCCCUGACUUUCUAUGUGUGAGAUUGGAGAUUUCCAAUGUAAUCAUUUCUAGACUUGAUUUGCUUAUUGUUAACUCUUGUGUUUUGGCUUUAACCAUUCUUCCGAAGAUCGCAAGUUCGCAACAAAAAGUUUUCCCUUAUCUUCUUAAGCUUUAGUAGGAUUCAGGUGUACAUUAUAGGUGGCGAUGGGACUAUGCGAGGAGCUGUGAAGAUAUUUGAUGAAAUUAGACGUCGCAAACUGAAUGUUGCAGUUGUUGGAAUUCCUAAGACCGUGGAUAAUGAUGUGGGAAUAAUUGACAGAUCUUUUGGAUUCCAAACAGCAGUUGAAAUGGCUCAGCAAGCAAUAAGUGCCGCUCAUGUAGAGGCUGUGAGUGCGGUUAACGGGAUAGGCCUGGUAAAGCUGAUGGGUCGAAGUACAGGGCACAUAGCUUUAUAUGCAACACUUAGCAGCCGUGAUGUCGAUUGCUGCCUAAUUCCUGAGAUAGACUUUUUCUUGGAAGGAAAAGGAGGACUUUUCGAAUUUCUCGACAAGCGACUGAAGGCAAACGGGCAUGCGGUGCUUGUGGUUGCUGAGGGUGCUGGCUAGGAUAUAAUACCCAGAACCGAUUCACAGAAGCAAGAAAAGGAUGAAUCUGGCAAUCCAGUGUUCUUGGAUGUUGGUGUGUGGCUGAAAUCAUACCUAAACAAGUGGUGGGCGAGGGAGCACCCGGGAUAACAGGUUUGGGUUGCCUACAAUGAAUCUGCAUGGCUUUAUGCAAUACUGUGGACAACUCCAUCAACAUCUGUCGGCGCUACCGCUUGGUCCUACAUCGCUUGGCAGCUGUUCCGGAUAUCUCAGCCAGGGUCCUCUGUCUAGCUACCUUGUUUAACAUGUGACAAGGAAGUGUAUACAACUUGUAUAUUUUGAAGUUUGAUUUUUUUUUGGGAGAAUACUUUCUGUUGAGAAGUUAGUUGGAUAUGGUACAGCAGCAGAUAAUUUUAUCGCCGCCACUGCCCACCGAUCACUUUGCCAUAAGGGUCAGCAGAAGCAUCAAGGGUCAUCUUUUCCAAAGUUGUACUACCACUUUACUGAUCAUAGUUUGCUUAGAACUUUAAUAAUUUUGAACAGCAGGCCAGAAAGCAAAUUAAGGGCCCUUGUUUGUCUUUAUGAGGUGACAUAGCAAUGGUGGUUAUGAGCUAAAAGGCAAGUAAGGUCCAUCUUGUUUUGUCCUUGAAAAUAUGACCAUGGAUUCUCGUAUUUACUUCCAUUGAUAUUCAUAGGGUAAAGCACAAGAACACAGAAUGAAGAGGUUAUACAUGAUUAUGUGAAAGAUCAAAGAAUUCCAUCUUUGUAAUUUAUGCAUCAUGAUCUGUACUUCAUUCCUGUUACAUAUGCUCAAUUAAGAGCAUUAAGUUUUGGUUGAGCAAUGAAAACCAAUGCUUGGCAGGAAGAAGCAGAAACCAUUGAUAACUGAGGAUCUACUAAGACAGAUAAAAACUAUAAUUGUAACUGAAAGUGUUUACCAUAGUAAUUGAUUUACUGCAGAGCAUAAACUAAAACUAACCCUAAAAUUAAGCUAAUUAAUGCUAAAUCAGAUCCUAAUUAAUUUUGUUCUCUAACAUCAUGUACUAAUACCAAUCUACUAUAUAUAUAAGUUGUACACAUUAUUCCAAUAGCAGAAAUAUUUAACUA